AUGUUUUAUGAUUAAACAAAUUAAAUAUUUUAUUAUUAAAGAUUUAAUUUUUAAAAAAACUAUAUUAUAAUAUUAAAUUAUUUAUUAAAAAAAAUACAUAUAUAUUUUUUAUAUUAAAUUUCAGACUAAGCUAAUAUUUAUAACAUUUAUCUUAUUUAUCUGAAAGAUUAAUUAUAUUUCUUUUUAAAUUAAUAAUUAUAUAUAUUAAUUAAUUAUAAUAAAAUUAAAUUUGAAAUAUAAAUAAAUUGUCUAAAAUUUAUAAAUAGUUUUAUUUAAAUUAAUUAAUUUUUUUUUUUUCGCGAAAAAUAAAUAUUUUUUUAUAAAAAAAAAAAAAAAUAUAUAUUAAAUAAGAAAUAAUGCAUUAAAAAUUACAAAAUAAAGUUAAAAUAAGAAAAAUAAUAACAAAAAUUAUAAUACAAAAUUAUUUUUUAUUUAUUAAAAAGAUAAAAAGUAAAAAUUAUAAUUUUUUUUUAAUUUUCAAAAUUUGCAAAAUACAAAAAUUAAAAUAUAUAUAAUUUCAUUUUUUUUUUAAAUAAUCAAAACAAAUAAAAUGAAAGAUUAAAAAAAUAUUUUUUUCAAAUUUAUUUAUUUUCAUUAUAACUUAAUUAUUCUUAAAUUUAUUUUUAAUUUUUUUAAUAAAAAGAAACAAUUACAAUAAUUUCAAAUUUUAAAAUAAAAUAUAUAAUUUAUAUUAUUUUAUAUGAAUCAAUUUAAUUAAUUGUAUUAAUUGUUUAUAAGACCAGUUCGUCAUUAAUAUAAUUAGCAAGAUUUAGGUAGUUUCAAAAUAUUAUAUAGUAUAAUUAUAGAUAAAUAUAUUACAAACAUUAAAAUAAAUACAUUAUAUGUAUUUUUAUAUAAAUAGGAGUAAAUAUUCAAUUUCAUGGAUAAUAUAAAUUCAAAAGAUAAGAUAUUACAUUAAAUAACAAAUAGAAUUUAAAAUUAGAAUGUUCUUUAUUUGAACCUUAAUUAAUCAUAAAAAAUAAAGAAUCUCCAGAUAAUAGUUGUGUUAUUUAUUGUCAUUGUAAUUCUGGUUCAAGAAUAGAAGCUUUGUAAAUAUUGCCUUAAUUAAUUUCGAAAGGAAUAGGAUUAUUUUGUUUUGACUUUUCUGGAAGUGGGAUUUCAGAAGGAGAGUAUGUAACUUUGGGCAAAAAUGAGAGUGAAGAUUUAGAAAUAAUUGUAAAAUAUUUGAAAGAUUAAAAAAAAAUAGAUAAUUUAAUAUUAUGGGGACGCAGUAUGGGUGCUGUAGCAUCUUUUUUAUAUUUGAAUAAACCAGGAACUAUGCGAAAUAUAAAGGGAGUAAUAUUUGAUAGUGGAUUUGCAAACUUAAACUUUUUGGCAUAAGAAGUUGCAAAUUUAAAAAAUGGAAUGCCUAUUUUAAUAAUUGAAACUAUUUUGAGUUUUAUAAGUGAUAAAAUUAAAUAAAAGUAUGGAUUGGAUAUAAAAAAUAUUGAUUUAACAAAAAUCAUACAUAAUUUGCACAUUCCUUGCUAUUUUCUUUGUUCUAAAGAAGAUACUUUCAUUAAAUGUGAAAAUACUGAAUAAUUAUUUAAUAGAUAUAAUGGACCCAAACAGAUUUAAUAUGUAGAUGGAAAUCAUAAUGCAUAAAGAAAAGAAGGGGAUUUGAUAAAAAUAUUAGAUUGGAUUUUAAAAUUAUUAGAUGAUAAAUAAUAAACUAAUUCUUCUUCUCUUUUACAGAAAAAAUAUGCUAGUAUCCAUCAACUUAAUAAUCCAGAAAAUUUAGAUA